UUAUAGCGGCGGCCGAUCAGCUGACGCGCCGCAUUGCAGGCGGCGGAGUCAGUGGGCGCCAUGCGGGCUGUCGUGGUGCUGGUGUCCUGCCUUUUGGGCGCGGUUUUAGCCACCUCCCUUUUCCGCCAAGAAGAAUGUGCCAAGGGUUCUGGGGUUUGGUGCCAGAACUUGAAGACUGCAUCUCAGUGUGGGGCCGUGAAACACUGCCAGCAGACCGUCUGGAACAAGCCAACCGUGAAAUCCCUCCCAUGUGACUUGUGUAAGGAAGUUAUUACAGUGGUUGGAGACCUCCUAAAAGAUGGCCAUACAGAGAAUGAUAUCCGUGACUACCUGGAGAAGACCUGUGCAUGGCUUCCAGACCCCAGAUCGUCCGAGUGCAAGGAAAUGGUGGACUCCUACCUACCAGUCAUCCUGGAUAUGAUCAAAGCGGAGGUGAGUCGACCUGGAGAGGUGUGCUCUGCUCUCAGCCUGUGUCAGUCCCUCCAGAAGCAGCUGGCCACCCAGGAGCAGCAGAAGCAGCUGGACUCGAACCAGAUUUCCGAAGCGAACCUGCCCGAGAUGGUGGCUCCAUUCAUGGCCAACGUGCCCCUCCUCCUCUACCCUCAGGACAAGUCUGAGCAGCCCCAGGAGGAAGCCAAGGCUGGUGGGGACGUGUGCAAAGACUGUAUCCAGCUGGUGGCUGACGUCCAGGAUGCCAUGAAAACUAACUCCUCCUUCGUUGAAUCUCUGGUUGCCCAUGCCAAGGAGCAGUGUGACCGCCUUGGGCCUGGCAUAGCUGACAUGUGCAAGAACUACAUCAAUCAGUACUCUGACUUGGUUGUCCAGAUGGUAUUGCACAUGCAGGAUCAGCAACCCAAGGACAUCUGUGGAAUGGCUGGAUUUUGCAGCUCCUCGCAUCAGAUGCCCCUCCAAGCUCUGACACCAGCCAAAGUGGCUGCAGUUGACGUGAUCCCUGCACUGGAGCUGGUGGCCCCCAUCACGAGCAAGGGGGCGCAGGUGAAAAGCGGCCCUACCUGCGAGUUGUGUGAGUAUGUGAUCAAAGAGAUCACCAAGCUCCUGGAAGACAACAAGACGGAGGAGAACGUGAUCCACGCGGUGGAGAAAGUCUGCUCCAUUCUGCCCGCAUCCAUGGCGCAGGAGUGCCAAGACUUGGUGGAGGCCUACGGCAAGUCCAUCGUGGAGCUGCUCCUGGAAGAGGCCAGCCCCCAAGUGGUGUGCAGCUUGCUCGGCCUGUGUGCCGGCCGCAGGCCCGCCCGGACAGUGCACUUGGCUGAACUCAAGGUUGGGAAGCCGAAGGUUGGUGGAUUCUGUGAUGUCUGCAAAAAACUGGUUGGCUAUUUGGACCACAACCUGGAGCAGAACAAAACGAAGAAGGAGAUCCUAGACGGGCUCGAGAAAGGCUGCAGCUUCCUGCCAGAUCCUUACCAGAAGCAGUGCGAUGAGUUUGUGGAUGAGUAUGAACCAGUGCUGAUCGAAAUCCUGGUCGAGAUGAUGGACCCCGACUUCGUGUGUCUGAAAAUUGGAGCAUGUCCCUCAGCUCACCGACCUCUCUUGGGAACAGAGGAGUGCGUCUGGGGCCCGAGCUACUGGUGCAAGAACAUGGAGACGGCUGCCCAGUGCAAUGCCGUUGAACACUGCAAACGUCACGUUUGGAACUAGAAGAAAACCUGGGUUCCUCCUCUCCCCUGUCCACUCCCUUCCUUCCCCGAAUCCUUGGAGAAAGUGCAACAUCUUUUGUGAACUGGGGCUGGAUCACCCUUCUCAAUCUUAAGUUUUGUCUUUUUAAACAGAUCUCCCCCCUGCUGUA